AUGUUUCUCUCUUCGCUCGAAUGCUACGAAGAAAGUACUGGAUUCGCCAUUGCCGACAAACCAGACUUCAAUUUACAGGGGGCCAACGAAUACACUCUACAACACAGCUUCAGCUCAUCACUAUCAGAUAUAUUUGUUGGAGCCGACUUUCCGAGCCAACCACCCUCACCAUACACCAGUCAGCGAUAUCCGAGCCUCGAGAUUCAGCAAGUAUCUUCUCUGAUCCUGCAAGAUGACGACAAUGGCCAAUGUGCCCGUCAGACGAAGCGGUCGGUGGUAGAGACAGAUCCACUUUCCACAAGCCUUCCGCUAUCUCGAACGUCUGAAUCCAAAGUAUACACUCUGACGGCCCGGAACGACCUAGUACGACAACUGGUUGAUCUAUUCUUUGACCGCGUGAGCGGCUUCAUACCGAUAUUUCAUCGACCUCAGUUCUAUGCGCGGUACUUGGACAAGAGACCAAAAGACACCGUUGGGAAAAGCUUGUCUCUAGAGACAGCUCUCAUUCUAAACAGCAUGAUGGCUUUAUCUGCCCGCUUUUCCAGCGCCGCACACCUUGCUGAUGUUGCGCCAAUUCGUCGUGGGGAGCGGUUUGCGAAAGAGGCUCAGUCGAUUUACGCGGAUGGCACGAGACUUCAAGGAGACGGGUUUGCGCCCUCACUCCAGUACUUGCAAGGGUGUAUAUUACUCUCUUUCUACCACAACACACACUCCUCCACCUCAUUCGGAUGGACACUCACGGGCGUUUGUACUCGACUGGCGUACGAUUUAGGGAUUGACGUAACCGAUGAAGACAUCUGCCAACAACCCGAUUUGUUUCUGAACCAAUGGUCCUCCCCAGAAGAGUGGGUGUUCCGAGAAGAACUUCGACGUGCUUGGUGGUCUGUCUGGGAACUCGACACUUUUGCGUCAACCGUUGCCCGCCGCCCGUAUACAAUUGAUGGCAACAAAAUGCACGUUCUGCUUCCGUGUUCCGAUGAACGGUGGUUCCAGGAGCAACCAAUUGCAUCUGCACCAAUGGGUCCAACUCCAGCAACGGCAUGGAAGAGCCUUCAGGGUUCGCCGAAUCAAGAUGAAAGAGCAUGGUUUCUUGUCGCCAACUUCUUGAUGGCAUUAGCAUACGAUCUCAAAGCACAGAGAAGAGUUUCUCAACAGGCCAGGGCCGAGAUGCAAAGUGCACUGACCUGCUUCAGCUUGAAUUUGCCAAAGCAAUUCCGGCUGAAUCCGAGCGUGUUUGUUUUCAAUGACUUGACAUUCGCCAGGAGCAACUGGAUCAUAACUACGAACAUCAUCCUUCAAAGUGCGCGUACUUAUGAAGCUCUCACAGCCUCUUCUUCUGACGACACCUCUCGAUCGCCAUCAGCCUCACCAACGAGCACGACUUUAAGUGGAGAAGAAGAGCAAGUAGCCGCCCAAAAAUGCGUCCAACAUGCGCAUGAAGUUAUCAGAGCGAUUAAAGCUUGGUCCCCGGACUACAUUGCGUAUUCGACGCCGUUCAUAGUCUGCUCGUUGGUCGGCCCUGCAGCCAUGCACGUUCUGCAGACCAGGUCGGUAGGCUCUACUGCACUCAGCAGCCUCAACCGCGAUGUUAUCUGUCUCGCAAUUGCACAGUUUGCCAGACACUGGGGCAUCGGGUCAAUCAUGCUAGACCUCACUCAUGCUUUGAAUAAACUUAUCGGCGUCGACCCAACAGCGUUGACGGCGCGGGAACAAGAGCUGGCAGUCCGGUAUGCACAGAUUGCGCCGAGCAUCAGGGGCAAACCUCGGUCAGCCGGUCCCCCGGCUUGGUCGACGCCGUAG